AUGGUGUCGAGUGUAAAACCUUUUCUGGCUCUCAUCGUCUUGGCUACUUUAGCCUCCACUGGUUAUGCCAUUAGGUGCUACGAGGGAUCCGAUUUAAGUACGGUUGUUAAUUGCGUCGAAGGAAGCGGUUGCCUUAGGAAAUCCGUCGGUGUGGGCCCAAUAUCAAAGACCUCCAGAAGUUGCUUCGAAGGAAAAGCCGAGGAUGCCUGUAAAAUACUUGAUGGAAAUGUGAAUUUAAAGUUAUUUAAAAUGUGCGACUUCUGUACAAAGGACCUGUGCAACGGAUCUUCCUCGUUGGCCCUCGCCCCCGUCGCCGGAGCUAUCAUCCUCUUCUUCGGAGUAGCUCGUCUGCUGGCCUAG